AUUGAUGUGCUUGAAAAAUGCCAUUUUAAGUAUCGAGAAUUGAAGACGUUUUGGGAGUCUCUUAGGUACCUUGGCAAAAGGAUUGACAUCUUUAGCAAAGAUUUUGACAACAUAGCAGAGCUUGAAUUAGGUGCUCCAUGGCCUUUUCCACCUGUUGAAGUAACUGCCACUUUGGCCCACAAAUUUGAAAUUAUAGAAAGUUGCAAAAUCAAGAUAACAUUCGAAAAAACAACUGUGAAGACAACUGGAAACUUAUCACAACUUCCACCAUUGGAUAUACCCCGUUUACCAGAUGGAUUAAGGCCGCCAUCUAAUCCAGGAACUGGUGAAUUUGAAGUUACAUACCUCGACUCAGACACGCGUGUCACCAGGGGAGACCGGGAAGAGCUAAGGGUUUUCGUUAUCUCGUGAGGUAACCUUAGUUUAUUGUUGGUGUAUAGUUUUAUGUCAAUCAAUUUUGGUGCUGGAGCCUCUAUUCGAUUGUUUGUUAUUUUUAGACCAUUCUGAAUUGAGAUGUACAAUAGAACACAGUUCUGAAGGCAAUUAAGUUUCCAUAUUGUAUAUCCUUUACAAUAUCUCAUUAUCGUUAAUGCGGUUAUACUACAUGUAUAUAAUAGGUUUACGUAA